CCCAUUCACUAAGUUAAAAUGAACCCUAUUAUUUUCUUCCACCGCAGAUUGCUAGGGUUUCUGAACACACCGGCACCACAGGGAAAUGGCUCCAAAACAACCCAGUACGGGUCUUUUUGUUGGUUUGAACAAGGGUCACGUUGUCACCAAGAAGGAGUUGGCUCCACGCCCCUCAGAUCGCAAGGGGAAAACAAGCAAGAGAGUUCACUUCGUGAGAAACCUCAUCAGAGAGGUUGCUGGGUUUGCACCUUAUGAGAAGCGUAUAACUGAGUUGCUCAAGGUUGGAAAAGAUAAGAGGGCACUUAAGGUUGCAAAGAGAAAGCUUGGAACCCACAAACGUGCCAAGAAGAAGCGUGAGGAGAUGUCCAACGUACUCAGGAAGAUGAGGGCUGGUGGAGCUGGAGACAAGAAGAAAUAAGUAUGAUUUACCCUUGUUAUGGUUUUAGAGUCAAUGUUUUGAUGGAUAUUAGCUUUUAUUUGUUUUAAUUUUGUUUGAGUAUUUUUGAGUAUUUGGUUAGAAAUGUACUCUAUUUAAACCGAGACAUCCGAGUUAAAAUCAAUUUUUCAAACAAACUUAUUAUAUUUCAUGUA